AUGAGCGGACUGUCGGUGGUGCCCUACACUCUAGCGCCGGCGACGGGAGCAGGGUCGAAGCCGUCCAAGAAGCGGAAGAAACGCUCGAACUCAGGCGCUAACAGUGCAGAUGUGGAUGCGAGCUCGUCGAUGACCAACGCCGGCUGGGAAAAGGUGGACAUCCAGGAUAUGCAGCUUGAGGGGUUCCAGGACGGAUGCGCCUUCGAGCUGGAAGAACUCACCGACUACCGCGUAGAGAAUACGGAAGACGGUGGUAAGAUGCUGAAUCGCGGUGGCAAGGCUAAGAAGGAGCAGGAGCUGGUUGAGAUUGUGGCGUUGAAAGACGUGAACCUCCCUAAGUGGAACAAAUUCAAGCUGCAUCCUCUGCUUAUGCAGUCACUGCAGACAUGCGGCUUCAGUGCUCCGACACGCAUUCAGGAACGCACGUUGCUACCAGCGCUUGUUGACAACCGAGAUGUUGUAGGUGCCGCACCGACAGGGUCCGGUAAGACGUUGGCCUUUGGACUUCCCAUCUUGAGCCAAUUGCUGCAUGAACGCGAGCAACCAGGGUACAUUAAGGACUGCAAGGCGCUGAUUUUGACUCCAACACGCGAACUGGCUAUCCAGAUCCAGCAACAUCUUGAAAAAAUGGUCCGUAAUCGCGAGAUCGGCGUGGUGACGUUGGUGGGUGGUAUGGCUGUGCAGAAGCAGAAGAGAAUUCUCACUUACAGACCUGAGAUCGUCAUCGGUACACCUGGUCGUCUUUGGGAUAUCAUUGAGACCAACCACGAACACAUGCAGGAUCUGGCAACGUCGCUACGCUUCCUGGUGGUGGAUGAGGCCGAUCGUAUGCUGCAGCCAGGAUCGUAUUCGGAAUUGGAGAAGAUCUUUGAGGUGUUGCGUCGCAAGAACAAAUCUGCAGCUUCUGAACUGACGAAUCUUUCAGACAGUGAAGAAGAGGAAAGCGAUGAAGCAGACAACGAGGAUAGUGACGAAGAUGAUGGCGAGGAUAUCGAUAUGUCGAAGUUUGCAAGUGGAUCGAAGGUCAUGAUGCUUGAUGAUGUACUCAAGAUGCAACGUAAGCAGCAACAGAAGUCUGCGACUGCCAAGGAGACUGACAAGUCCGUGAAGACGAAGGUCGAGGUAGCUGCUUCGCGUCAUGUGCGCCAGACGUUUCUGUUCUCCGCUACGCUGACGAUUCCAGAAGGUGGUCGCUUCCAGAAGACUAAAACCAAGAAGUACCGUAACGCGUUGAGUGUUCUGGAGCGAGUCAUGAAGCGUGUGGGUCUACGUGGCAAGCCUGCAGUUGUGGACCUUAGUAUCGCAGAGUCUGACAUCGGUAUCCCGGGAGCAAAGCCACUAAUGUCGGAAGAAGCGGAGCGUAAACUGAAGAAACAACAGCAGAAUGUGGCCUUGUCUCUGCCUGCGGGUCUCGAGCUCUGUCAGCACGAAGUGACGGAGUCUACACGCGACAGUUUCCUGUACUUCUUCCUCACACAGUAUCCGGGUCGUACCAUCAUUUUCUUGAACGCUAUCCAUCAAGUUCGCAAGCUUUCGGGUCUGCUGACUCUAUUGAACCUCCCCGUGUUUGCUCUACACGCCGAGAUGCAGCAACGUCAACGUUUGAAGAAGUUGGAUGGCUUCCGUUCACACUCGAAGGGGAUUCUGGUGGCGACUGACGUUGCAGCACGUGGUCUGGAUAUCCCUAGCGUGGACUACGUCGUGCACUACCAUAUUGCUCGUUCUACCGAGGUGUUCGUGCAUCGAAGUGGUCGUACGGCUCGUGCGAACAAAGAUGGGCUGAGUAUCUCGCUGGUGUCGCCUACUGAUGCCAAGUACCACACACAGAUCUGUAAGAUGUUGCAACGACCUACUGGACUGUCGGACUUCCCGUUCGAUCAUCGGUAUCUGGAAGCAAUUGACGAGCGUUUGCGUCUUGCCAAGAGCAUCAACGAGCAGGAGAACGCGGCGGGUAAACUCAAGUCGGAGGCGACGUGGUUCCAGCAAAUGGCUGCCGCUGCAGACUUGGACUUGGACGAGGAUUUGUUGUUCGAGUUGGGAGCCAAGCAGCGAAAUCAGGACGGCAAGAAGAAGAAGACAGCCAAUCAGUCGGUGCAGUCGCUACGUGCUCAGCUGAGUCGUCUGCUUGCUGCUCCUCUGCGUCCUGUGGGCUCGGCUCGUAAGUUCCGACAGCUACACAAGGAACUAGGAUCUCAGAUCACUGGAGACGGCGAGUACCGUGCUCGUGAUGCUAACGAAGACCUGGCAUCGAAGGGGAAGAAGUCGUACAAGCGCUUCCGCCGAAGGAAAUAG